AAUCCUAACCUUAUUAUAUACACACAUACACACACCCUCUUCUUCAUCCAUUAUUAACGUCACUUUACCCUUAAAAACCAGUUUUUUUUUCUCCACCGAAACAAUGAAAAUGAAGAGCCAAGCUGUAAUCAAAUGUGUUCUACUACUCUUUGGAGCAAUCCUCUGCAUAGAGGCUGAGACGAUCAAACAAGAUAAACACACUCUUCUUCAAUUCAUUAGCAACAUCACUCACUCUCAUUCACUCAACUGGUCACCAACUCUUUCUAUAUGUACCAAAUGGACCGGUGUUACGUGCGACUCCAACCACUCCAGCGUCGUCGGUCUUCACCUAGCAGCCACGGGUCUUCGCGGGGAUCUCCAGCUAAGGCACAUAGCCAGGUUAACUAAUCUCCAGUUUCUCGUUCUCAGUUCUAACAACAUCUCUGGACCUUUUCCUUCAAGUUUUCAAGCUUUGAAGAACUUGACCGAGCUUAGACUCGACUCCAACGACUUCUCUGGUCCUUUGCCUGAUUUCUCUUAUUGGGAGCGUCUACGAGUUCUUGAUCUCUCUAACAAUCGGUUUGAUGGUCGCAUCCCAUCUUCUAUUGAGAAGCUGGCUCUGUUACACUCUCUGAAUCUUGCGAAUAACAAGUUCUCCGGUGAGAUUCCGAAUCUCCAUGUUCCUGGUCUGAAGCUGCUCGACUUAGCUAACAACAACCUGACAGGAACCGUGCCCGAGUCAUUGCAGAGGUUCCCACUCUCAGCAUUUGUCGGAAACAAUGUUUCCUCUGAAAAGCUGGCUCCUGUUAGGCAACACACCAAACACCACCACCACCACAACCGUGCAGUUCUUGUCAUAGCAUUAAGCGUGUGUUCCGCCCUACUAGCUCUCCUCGCUAUCUUACUGGUGAUCAUCCACAACAGAGACGAGCAAAGAAGAUCCACAAAGGAGAAACCAAGCAAGAUGAGGAAAGAUUCAGAUCCAAGCUUGGGCGAAGAAGGAGGUAACAACAACAAGAUUGUGUUCUUCCAAGGGAAGAAUCUCGUAUUCGACCUUGAAGACUUGCUGAGAGCUUCUGCAGAAGUCUUAGGGAAAGGACCGUUUGGGACGACCUACAAGGUUGAUGUCGAGGACUCGGCCACCAUCGUCGUGAAAAGGAUCAAAGAAGUGUGCGUCCCUCAGAGAGAGUUCGAGCAGCAGAUCGAACAGCUUGGCAACAUCAAGCAUGAGAAUGUUGCCACUUUGAGAGGAUACUUCUACUCUAAGGAUGAGAAGCUUGUGGUUUAUGAUUACUACCAACAUGGAAGUCUUUCCACAUUACUACACGGUCAGAGAUGUCUUAAAAAUAGGAAACCUCUAGAUUGGGAAACAAGAUUGAACAUGGUGUAUGGAGCAGCAAGAGGAGUAGCUCAUAUCCACUCACAAGGCCUAGGAGGGAAACUAGUCCAUGGAAACAUAAAAUCCUCGAACGUUUUCCUCAACGCCAAAGGAUACGGGUGCGUCUCGGGAGCAGGGAUGGCCACGCUGAUGCAUUCGCUACCCCGGCACGCGGCUGGCUACCGCGCGCCAGAGAUAGCAGACACGAGAAAAGGGACUCAGCAGUCGGACGUGUAUAGUUUCGGAGUGUUGAUAUUCGAGGUGCUGACGGGGAAAGCAGAGGUGGGUGGUAACCUGGUGAGGUGGGUGAACUCGGUGGUGAGAGAGGAGUGGACGGGGGAGGUGUUCGAUGAGGAGCUGAUGAGGUGCACUCAGGUGGAGGAAGAGAUGGUGGAGAUGCUUCAGGUUGGGAUGGUUUGCACGGGGAGGGUGCCGGAGAAGAGGCCGAAGAUGAGUGAGGUGGUGAGAAUGGUGGAGGAGAUAAGGCCGGAGAAGCUGGCGAGUGGGUAUAGAUCGGAGGUUUCCACAGGGUCGACUCCGAUAGGGAGUCUAUCAGGAUCGCCGUAUAUACUGUGAGGAAAGACUAUCGUGAAUGAUUGUAAUUUGACAUGUCACUUUCCUAGAACCAGUAAAAAAGAAUUCAAUUCAUAUAUAAAACAUAGUUCUUA